AUGGCAGCGGGCCACUAUCAUCAUCACGACGGUUCUACCGAUUCUUAUUUGAUACAAGGAGACAUGAAUAUAUACGACACCUCGAGCGAGUCUUCAGCUAGCUCACCACACAAUAGCCAUACUUUCGAUCACGUAUAUGGAGGAAACGAUCACGUAUACGGAGGAAAUACAUUUAUGACAUAUCCAUCAUAUCCCAUGCAAUAUCAACCAAACGGCGUACCGAUGGGUUUGAUACCAGUGGAGUUAGAUAUCGAAGGCAUAUACGAAGAUCAUGAUCGACGAAAGAGAAAGAAUGGAAACGAGAAAGUGGUAGCUUCACACGUGCAUUCGCGUCGCCGAGCCCAAAAUCGAGCUUCGCAACGAGCCUUCCGAGAUAGAAAAGAAAAACACAUGCGGGAGCUCGAGCAACGACUGGAUGAACUGGAGGGUCGGCAUGAUAAUCUCUCGCGAUCAUAUGAGUCGUUACAAGUAGAGUAUUCGGGCGUCAAACAGGAGUUAGAUCGACUGCGCAAAGAGAAGUCCAAUCCCGAACGAUCGGUAUCGGCAUCGGCAUCGGCGUCAGGGUCGGGGUCGGGGUCGCCGAAAGCUUUUGAGCCAUGCGAUGUUAAAGGUUGGGACGGGUCGAGGGUGGAAGGUCUGGAUCCGCUGCUCUUCGACGUCUCUGCUUUUUGUUAUGAUCAGGAGGAGAAUGGACAGUCGUGCAAAGAAUAG